CAUUAAUAUGUUAAUAUAUCUAUGCUAGCUAGCUAGCUAGUGAUCCUCUUUCUUCAUAAUGGAUUUGCUUACCCAUAUUGCAGCUUGGCUUCUACUAUCUGCGUUACUCUACACACUAUGGAAGAAGUCCCAACCCAAUUCCAACAGAAACAUAGUAUUACCGCCGGAAAUCCCGGGGGCCUGGCCAAUCAUAGGCCACCUCCAUUUACUCGGCGUCCAGAUCCCACUGGCACGAAUCUUGGCCGCCAUGACCGACAAACACGGCCGGAUCUUCUCUCUCUGGCUUGGCAUGCACCGCGCCAUCGUCAUCAGCGACCGAGAAUUCCUCAAAGAAUGCUUCACAACCCACGACAAGGCCCUCGCCGGCCGACCGGAGUCAUCCGCCGGCGAGUACCUCGGCUUCAACUACGCCGGCUUCGGCCUAGGCAGUUACGGCCCGUACUGGCGCAAAAUCCGGAAGAUUGUCAUGUCGGAAGUCCUCUCCGCCCGGCGGCUCGAGAAAUUCAGCCAUACCCGAGUCUCCGAGGUCGAAACCUGCAUCCGAGAAUUACACUCCGCCGUCAUCGCCGCCCAAUCUCCGGCCACCGGAGAAGCAAUGAUAAACAUGAGCCACUGGCUGGAAAAGUUGACGCUGAACUUAAUCGUGAAGAUUAUCGCCGGCAAGCGGUACAAGACGGCCGGGGUGGAAGACGACGAGGCGAAUCGGUCGAGGAAAGCGGUGACGGAAUUAUUAAGCCUGUCGGGACAGGCUGUUGUGUCGGACGUGAUUCCGGUAACGUUGUUGAGAUGGGUGGAUAUCAAAGGAGUGAUUAAGUCGAUGAAGCGGGUAGCGGCGGAGAUGGACGCCAUUAUUGGAGCUUGGAUAGAUGAGCACGGCGAGAGAGCGCCGGAGAAUGAGCGUGACUUCAUCGACGUUUUGCUUUCGGUGGUCACCGACGACUUAUUGGAAUAUGGUCACACCAAGCGUACAAUAAUCAAGGCUACUAUAAUGACGUUAAUAGUGGGUGGGUCAGAUACCACAGCGGUCACCUUGACAUGGGUGCUAUCCUUACUGCUCAACAACAGAGAUGCGCUGCAGCGUGCCCAGAAGGAGAUAGACACCGUCGUCGGCGUCGGAAGAUGGGUGGAAGAAUCCGACAUCAAGAACCUCCCAUACCUACAAGCCAUCAUAAAAGAAACGUUACGCCUGUACCCAGCGGCGCCGCUCUCAGUACCGCACGUAGCCACGGAGGAUUGCGACGUCGCCGGCUAUAACAUUCCGAGAGGAACGCGCUUGCUGGUGAACCUAUGGAAGCUGCACAGGGACCCUGAGGUGUGGGCGGGCGCCGAGGAAUUCCGGCCCGAAAGGUUCUUGCCCGGAGGCGGCGCGUCCGAGGCGGAUUUUCGCGGCCAGCAUUUCGAGUUCAUCCCGUUCGGAUCUGGGCGGCGGUCGUGCCCGGGGAUUACUUUCGCGAUGCAAGUGAACCACCUCGUGGUUGCUCGGUUGCUUCAAGGUUUCGAUUUUAGUACGCCGUCGCACGCGGCGGUGGACAUGACGGAGGGCGUUAGCGUUACCCUCCCCAAGGCUAAACCCUUGGAAAUACUAGUUGCCCCUCGUCUUCCUUCUCUACUUUAUGAAUCUUAAAUA